AUGCCGCCAAGUGUUACAACAGACUGCCAAGGAGCUCACAGAUGCCCUGAUUCAGGUCUGGGAGGAGAUCCUUCACUUUAUGAGACUUCACAUUUGUCAGGCUUCACAGAAAACAUAGAAGAUGAACCUUGUUUUCUUGUGCAUACUGAUGGGAUAACAGUGAGGAGUACAACCCAAGUAGAAGAUUGUGCUUAUGAUUUUAACAGAGAAACUAUAGAUCCUAGUGAACUCCUAAAGUUUAUCAAAGAGCUGGAGUAUAAAAGUGAAAAGCUAAGUGAGCGUAACACAAAACUCCAAAAAACUGUGGAAGGAUGCGAAGAGGUCAACAUCCACCUACAAGAACAGAUAGCCAGCUUGCGUCAUCAUCUGAAAAACUCUCAACAGGCGCUGGAACAAUCAAAAUGUGUUUCAGAUGAACUGGAAGACUUGAAAGGCAUUGCCAAAACUGUUGAAGAGGAAAACAGCAAUCUGACUCACCACAAGCAGCAUCUGGAGAGAGAGCUACAGUUGGUUACUGAGGAGCUGGUUUGCCUUCGCGAAGAGAGUGGUGCACUGAUAACAGAAAGGGACCUGCUGAAGUAUAAGAUUGAUGAACUGAGUGAUGAGAAACGAGACCUCAAGGUUUCUCUGGAGAGCAUCCAAAGAAAUUUAGCCAGUAAGGAAGAACAACUUACUGAGGAACUAAAGUGUGAAGCUGAACAUCUACAUAGCCAGUUAUCCUAUUGUACUUCUGUGUUAACACUCUAUAGUCUGCAGGAAAUUCCCCUGGCAUUGGGGUCAGAGUUCUCUGAGGUAACUGGAAGUUCAUUGCAAGUGGAAAUCAAAGAGGCAGAACAAGAUGGUCAAACUAUAAGAGGCAUUGAGGAAGAGGAGAAGGAGAAGCAAAAAGAAAAUGAUAAUGAUCAACAAACAGAUCAUUCAUUAUGUGACUUUGAGAAAGAAUUGGAGGAUUGUGUAGCAGACACAAAGGUUAUUAAUUUUUACUCCAAAGAAGAACCAACUGGAUACAAUUUGCCAAACUGCAUUUCGAACAAGGAAAGAAACCUGCCAACAUCUUAUGAACACUUCAUCUAUCUUAAGCUCUUCUGCAUUGCUUGGAUCUGUGCUAUGUUAGUGACUAUUACCUGCACCUACCUGGAUCAUUUAAUUUAUCCUGGUAUUCUGGUUCAAAUAAAUCCAACAGUUAUUGUUACUUUUCUGUGGAACCAAUUGGUGGGAAUCCAAAAUCCACAUGUCUCACUGCAGCACUCGGGCAUCCCUCCUUUUUAAUGAUGAUAACCUCCUAAUGUCACUGCAGUCUUCUAAAGACUUGAUGUUGGCCGUUUGCAUGCAUAGACUCCCUAGAAGUUAUCCAAAAGUGUUAUGUGGUUCCAGUAUAUCACAAAACAAGUUAUUUUGAUAUAAAGCUUGCUUUA